UGCUGAUACCCAGCAGUAGCAGCAGCAGCAGAGCCAAAAAAAUUAUAAUUUUAAUCCAAGGAAAUUAAAUAGCAAGGCAACAUCAACCACAAAACUUACAUAAAUUAUAAUUUAGUACAUCAGCACUAAUAACAAUAGCUAGCUUAUCACACAAAAGCAGCAACAAUUAGGAGCAGCAGUGGGGAGCAGAGGAGAAGCAACAACAGCAACAGCAGAAGAGAAGUUUUAGCAGAACCAGAGGCAGAAAAGCACUAUCAGCAGCAGAGAAAAAUACGUACAUAUAUAUAUAUAUAUAUAUAUAUAUAUCAAAUAUUCAUAAAAACCAAGCCGGGUGCCGCCUAAGUGCGAGCGAGAACUAUACAGCCCCAAUACUUCUCUUGUUUGUGUACGUGUUUGCGUUUCUGCGUGUGAGAGCAAGGCAAAGGCAAGGCAUUUGUUUUUGCAAAAAAUUAUUUUUGCAUUGUUCAAAGCGGCUCUAACUGUAAAUAAAAGCAGCGGAAAAAAUAGCAGCCAGAAACAGCAGCAGAGAGAAGAAAAUGGCACGCGGCUUUGAUCAUCUGUUCAAGCUGCUUAUAAUCGGUGACAGCGGAGUUGGGAAAUCCUCCCUGCUGAUUCGGUUCUCAGACGACACAUUCUCGGGUAGUUAUAUAACUACCAUUGGGGUGGACUUCAAGAUUCGGACGGUGGACAUCGAUGGGCUGCGCGUGAAGCUGCAGAUAUGGGACACGGCCGGACAGGAGCGGUUCCGCACCAUAACCAGCACCUACUACCGGGGCACCCACGGCGUCAUCAUCGUUUACGAUGUAACGAACGGAGACUCCUUUGCGAAUGUGCGACGGUGGCUGGAAGAGAUCCAGAACAACUGCGAUGUGGUCAACAAAGUAUUAGUGGGUAACAAGAACGAUGAUCCCGAUUGUAAAGUGGUCAUCACCGAAGAUGCGCAAAGGUUUGCGAAACAAAUGGACAUCGAGCUGUACGAGACAUCCGCCAAAGACAACAUCAAUGUGGACAACAUGUUUCUGUCGAUAACGCGGCAGGUGCUCAACCACAAGCUGCGCACCACCACCAACGAGCAGCAGAAGGACACCAUUCACUUGAAGAAUAAUCCGGGAACUAAGCGUAGAAAAUGCUGCAGUUGAAGGCGGCGUGGGAGCAGGAACUGGAUACCAAGAGCGGGAACAGGACCAGGACCAGGAUCGGUGGCAAAAGCUCGCGCGCUUGCGGGAGCAGAUAAAAUCGCUGUGGGGGGCGCAUAGAACAAUAUGCUAUACACAGAUACACACAGAUUCACACACACAUACACAUAGACAUAGCUAAAACCAAUGCACCAACACCUCGAAGACACCAACACACCCACAUGGAGACGUUUUUUUUUUUUUAUCUGUUUUCUUUUUCAUCCUGUUUUAUUCGGAAUAAAAUGCCAGAUAGCCGUUAAAUUAAAA